AUGCUGUGACGUUCCCACCUGCAUCAAUGGCGAAGACAGUGUUGCGGCGGAACCCACUGGCGCGGUUUCUCAGACCUUCUGUGUUGGCAGUUUUUCAAUGCCAUCGCAACUUCAUCCACGCGGGUACCAAUCCCACGCUCCACGACCUCCUUCGCACGGGGAACCUUCCAGAAGCUCAGGCUCUCCUCCUCCGAAUGAUCAGAAAACGCGGCGUUUCACGUCCCCACCUCAUCGAUUCCCUUCUCGCCCCUUCUUCUCAGUCUCACACAAACGCCAUCGUUUUCGAUUUACUCAUAAGAACCUACGUCCAGGCACGGAAGCUUCGAGAAGCUUCCGAAGCCUUCCGUUUGCUGAGGCAGCGCGGCUUCGCUGUUUCCAUCAACGCCUCCAACGCGCUGCUCGGUGCGUUGGUGAAAGUGGGAUGGGUCGAUUUGGCGUGGACGGUGUACGAGGAUGUUGUCGCAAGUGGCACAACGGUUAAUGCCUUCACUCUCAACAUCAUGGUCAAUGCUUAUUGUAAAGAGGGUAGGUUCGAGGAGGUUAAGGUUUUCUUGUCCCAAAUGGAGGGUAGAGGUGUUUUGUCUGAUGUUGUCACGUAUAAUACUCUCAUCAACGCGCAUUGUCGUCAGGGGAAUUUGUGUGAGGCUUUCGAGUUGUUGAACUCAAUGUGGGGUGUGGGGUUGAAGCCUGGGGUUUUUACUUAUAAUGCUAUUAUUAAUGGUUUGUGUAAGAAAGGGGAUUAUGAUAGAGCGAGGAGUGUUUUGGAUGAGAUGUUGGGGAUGAGUUUGAGUCCUGAUGCUGCCUCGUUUAAUCCCUUGCUCGUGGAAGGUUGUAGGAAGGAUGAUAUUCGUGAGGUUGAGAAGGUAUUUGAUGAAAUGCUGAGGUGUGGUGUUGUUCCUGAUUUGAUUAGUUUUGGUUCUGUGAUUGGGGUGUUCUCUCGAAAUGGGCGUUUUGAUAAGGCUUUGGACUAUUUUAGGAAGAUGAAGGAUGCUGGGUUGGUUGCCGAUACUGUGAUUUAUACUAUUCUUAUUGAUGGAUAUUGUAGAAAUGGCAAUGUGACUGAGGCGUUGAACGUGCGGAACGAGAUGGUUGCGCGGGGUUGUGCGAUGGAUGUAGUUACUUAUAAUACUCUGUUGAAUGGGUUGUGCAAAGGGAAGAUGCUCGGUGAUGCUGAUGAGUUGUUUAAGGAGAUGGUGGAGAGGGGAGUUUUUCCGGAUUAUUACACUCUCACCACUCUCAUUCAUGGGUAUUGUAAAGAUGGAAACAUGAGUAGGGCACUUGAUUUGUUUGAGACGAUGACUCAAAGGAGCCUUAAGCCGGAUGUUGUGACGUAUAAUACGUUAAUGGAUGGCUUUUGCAGGAUUGGUGAAAUGGAGAGGGCUAAGGAGUUGUGGUGUGAUAUGGUGAGUAGGGGGAUAUCGCCCAACCAUGUGUCGUUUAGCAUUUUGAUAAAUGGGUUUUGCAGUUUAGGAAUUAUGGGUGAAGCAUUCAGGGUGUGGGAUGAAAUGGUAGAAAAAGGUGUUAAGCCUACUUUGGUUACUUGCAACACCGUCAUUAAGGGUUAUUUGAGGACUGGCAAUAUGUCUAAGGCGAAUGACUUCUUCAACAAGAUGGUUUUAGAAGGAGUUUCUCCUGACUGCAUUACAUAUAAUACUCUAAUAAAUGGUUUUGUAAAGGAAGAGAGCUUUGACAGAGCUUUUGUCUUGCUUAACAAAAUGGAAGAACAUGGGUUGCUGCCUGAUGUUAUCACAUAUAAUGCAAUUCUUAGUGGAUAUUGUAGGCAAGGUAGAAUGAGGGAGGCUGAGAUGGUAUUACGCAAGAUGAUUGACAGUGGUAUAAGUCCCGAUAGAUCAACGUAUACAUCAUUGAUAAAUGGUCAUGUUUCUCUAGACAAUCUGAAAGAGGCAUUCCGUUUUCAUGAUGAAAUGCUGCAAAGGGGUUUUGUGCCAGAUGACAAAUUCUAAUAUCAACGUACACAUCAUUGAUAAAUGGGCAUGUGUCUCUAGACAAUCUGAAAGAGGCAUUCCUUUCCAUGAUGAAAUGCUGCAAAGGGGUUUUGCGCCAGAUGACAAAUUCUAAGAUUUCUACCUUUGCAGCUCUUGUUAUCUAAAAAGAAGAUAAAAGAAUUGAAAGGUGAAAGUUUUUGCUUGAGUGCGUGAAACCAAGCUUAAGAGAAGAGAAGUCAUCUGUCUCUACAUGUUGGUCAUUCAAAUAGUGAGCUAGCGGUUGAGCGAUGCACACCAGUGCUCGAGCCAUGAAUAACAUAUUUAAACAUGUUUUGGAGCGAGUAAGCACAUUUCUUGAGCCAUAACAGGAUGCUUAAGAGAGGAGCCAAAAUUUAAUUCAAAUAUUAUAGUGACAAUUCUCUUUGCUCAAAUCAAUGCUCAAACGAGACGAGGAAAGCAACCUUCAGAGCCCAACAAGCAGGUUUCUUAGGCACCCUCAUGUGACAUUGUUAUUUAUGGAGAAGCGAUCACCUCACUUAAGCAUCCAAGCAAUGAUUAAGUGAAUGGUGGCCGCUGGAAAACUGUAAAUAGGACUUGUUUAUUGUUUUGAAGAGAUAUACGUGGUUUAUAAUAGAAUUUAGAAUAUAAUCUCUCUCUCUCUCUCCACUUGUUAAAUUAGUAUUAGGAAGCGCACGUGUUCGGUCUGUGUUGCACGAAUAUCAAAGGAAGGAAGUGGCAGAUGACUUCAGACACGACUCCUCUGCUUAUCCUGGUGAUUUUAUUUUACCAUGAGUUCCUAUUUAGGGAUUAAAUAUAGUCUUUUUCUUGGUUAAUUAUUCAUGUAGCUUAAUGUGAUCUUAUAUUUCAUGUUGGUGAUUUAAUCUGGUCUUAAUGUUUGCAUAUGUCUGAUGGAUGCAUAAUUGAUCUGAAGUUUCCAAGAAAAAAAUAUGGAAAGUAAUUUUUUGAAUUGGACUUAAGAUUAUUUCGGUUUAUUAGCUUGGUAGGAAUGGAAUUUAAUAUAUUGAUUUGUUGUGUUCAUUAUGCUUGAAUUAUGAGAAGAGUCCAUAGAUUAGAGCAUGACUUUAAAUCCUAAGGAGAGUUCUGAAAAAUGAUUCUUAGGAUUAGAUUUGAUUAAUUUCACUCUACAUGUUAAGAUACAUGGAGUAAAUAUUGGAUAUGUUAAUUGCUUAUAAAAUUACUGCAUAAUGCAGAAAUAUUUAUGUAAUAUACAAGGAAUCCAUAUUUGAUAAAUAUUCUUAGACCUUAUAAGAAAACUUUAGAAUCAUGUUGCAAGAAUAUUAGUUAGAAGAUACGUUAGGUGAAACCAUAGAUAAUUUAGAUUAUUUUCAAUCUCAUAUUCAUAGAUUAUUCAGUUUUUUUUUGGCGUCAAACAGUCUAUUAACACAAAACAGCAAUCAGAACAAUUGAAUUGGAAGUUUACAAUUAAUGGAAUCUGACGAGUAAUUCCCUCUGUAUAUGAUACUCUAAUACUUAUUCUUUUGAAAACUAUAAGACUUUGAUAACUUGCCUAGUAAAACAAUUAUUUGUACCAAAAUUUCCUCAUUUACUAUACAUUAUGAAUGCCUUGUGCUGCUAGUUCCAUGCCUAUGAACGCAUUACAGAAUAAUAGUUAUUAGGUUAUCCUUCGUGAUUUAUAUUUCGUUUAUGUAUUAUAAACAUUUAGAUUCUAUCUUCCAAAUUUCAAUUUGCACAGAAGAAUCCUUAUAGUUCUGGAUGCUUGGAAAUGCAACCCAUCCAUGUUUCUAACUUCUAAGCAUGGUUUGCAAGAGCCAGGAGGGGGACUUCACCAUCUUUUACGAACUUCAAACUAAUGUCUUUUAAGUGUAUUUUACCUGGACCCGAGAUUUACUUUUGGGAGGCAAUGCAAUUGGGUAAACAAGGAUACUGUGGUGUGGGAUUGCUGUUUUAAUAGCCAAGCUUUAGCUUUAGUGGUUAUAUUUAUUCAGCAGUCAAUUAACCUAAACUUUAUUAUUGAACGCAAUAUGCAUCACCUUUGUAUGGAAUUUGUAGUUUCCAUUUUAUUGAAGCCUUGUAGUCAUUGCCAUUGUGCAGCGUAGCAUGGGAGUUGAUGCAUUCUUUUUUAUAGCUCUCAAGUAGGCAUGGGACUGGUCACUGCUCACCACCGAAGGUAUGUUUGCAGUUUAUUAAAUGCAACAGUCACAUACCAAUGUUUAUUUGACAGAUAUAGCAGAAAUGAUAUGGAAUUGGUCAAGGCAGGUUAGUCCAUUAGAAAAGCAAGCAGCAAAUUAUAGAAUUUAUUUCUUAUUUUUGAAGAUGUUCCCAUAUAAAAUUGUUUUUCCCCAUUUGGAACUCUUUCUGAUGUAUCCACUGGUUAAGAGGGAUAUUAAUCUUUGAACGCAUUAGUUGCAUCUGCAUUGUUGCCCGAAGGUCACAUAUAUUAAAAUCAUUAAAACAGUUUACUAAGAUCCAAUUACAAGUCAUGAUACUCGAGUCACAUAUUUUGAGUAUGAGAUUCUAGUGUGAAAUUUAUAAGUCACAGAGCUCUCCAAGUGCAACUAGCUUUUUGUGGUGCAGUGCUCCCAAUGUUUUCAUAAUUGGUAUUUAGAGCAUUUCAUUGUAUCUCCUUGCUACAAAAGACUGAGAAGUGGUGACACUGGAAUUGUAGUUUGUUCAGGACUAGUAAAAGGAGCCACUAAGGCAGGGGCUUUGGAGGUUGAUGGGAUGUUUGGAUCUGAUUACAAGGUACGAGACUGAACUCUCAUUGUAGGUAUAGAAUUCUAGUACAAGUUUUAUACGGCUCAUGUGCGCUACAACUACAAUGGAUUGCUUUUGUGGUGUGCUAACCACACACAAACUCAUCACAUUUGAUGUCAUCGAGAUUGGAAUUCUGUUUGAUGUCCACACUUGGCAUAAGGGACUUUAGCAAUAUGUCAUCUUUCCCCAAGUGCCUACCUCUCUUCUUUUUAUUUCCAUGUGGGCCUCUCGCCUAAAACCUCCACCGUGAUGUCGCCAUGCCUCCACCUCCCUCCCCAUGAUGUACUCACCACAUUUCCUGUGACUCCUCUGUGAGCAUAUGAGGGAUCUGCAAUCAAAUUGGACCUACUUGUGUUGUUGUACAUUAGAGAGUAUAAAGUUUCUUUUUCUGGAAAAAUGUAUGCUUGAUGGUUGUUUUAUAAAAAGAACUUAUCUUCCAAAAAUCUUUGUUUUGGUUUUAGUGCAAAAUUUUAUAAAAAUCAGAUACUGUUUUAAGAUAUCAGUUCUAGAUCUUGAAUUAAAAUAGAGUGAGAUUAUACUGUGUAAUCAACUAUGAGUGAGAUUAUUGGUGCAUUCUAUUAUCUUCUACAGUAUAUUUUAAACAAUUUAGGAGGGUUAAACUAUAGUCUAUGCAUUUCAAGUGCCUACUAUCUUUGCAUGUCUAAGUUGUUUUAUAUUUCGGUCCUUAUUUCUCUCACCCCCUUUCUCAUCUAUCUAUCCACAUGCAUGAAAGAUAGAAAGAUCUUGCUGUUCUGAUACAAAAUGGUGUGCACCUUUUCAUUCACUGAUCAUGCAGAAAGAGGUCGUAAAUAGGGAUAAUCCCUACCUACUUGGGGAUCAAUUUGUCAUAUAAAUCCAUUGCUAAAGCAAAAUAAAUUGCUUAAUAUUUGUUAUAAGAAUAAUUUUUAUCAACUAUAUUAUCUUGAUGAUUAUGAAUACUCAGA